AUGGGUAUUGGCACAAGUACUUUCGUUAUCAGAUGGGUCAAUCUUCUUACAAUGCUAUUGGCUGUGGCAGUGAUAAUAUUUGGGGUGUGGAUGAGUACACACAAUGAUGGAUGCAGAAGGUCACUUACAUUUCCAGUCAUAGCUCUUGGAGCUUUCAUCUUCUUCAUAUCCAUAAUUGGGUUUCUUGGUGCCUGCAAGAGAAGUGUGGCACUUCUUUGGAUUUAUCUUGUUGUGCUCCUGAUCGUUUUGAUCGCCAUUCUUGUCUUCACCGUCUUAGCGUUCAUUGUAACAAACAAUGGCUCCGGCCAUACCAAUCCUGGUUUAAGGUACAAGGAGUAUAAGCUGAAUGAUUACAGCUCCUGGUUUCUAAAACAGCUUAACAACACCAAUCACUGGAGACGACUAAAGAGUUGUCUUGUUAAAUCCGAGCUAUGCAGAAAGCUUUCCAAGAAAUACAAGACCAUUAAACAGUUGAAAUCCGCAGAGUUAACUCCGAUAGAAGGUGGAUGUUGUCGACCACCAUCUGAGUGUGGCUAUCCUGCGGUGAAUGUUUCUUACUAUGACUUGAGCUUUCAUUCCAUAAGUGCUAACAAAGACUGUAAGCUUUACAAGAAUCUGAGGACCAUCAAGUGCUACAAUUGUGAUUCUUGCAAAGCUGGAGUAGCUCAGUAUAUGAAAACAGAGUGGAGACUUGUUGCAAUCUUCAAUGUGGUUCUCUUUGUUGUCUUGUCAAUGGUUUACUUUGUUGGAUGCUGCGCAAGAAGGAAUGCUUCUAGUUACCGAUCCAAAGCUUAG